ACCCAUACAAAACCGUCUACCUAAAGGGUCAAAACUCUCUUCCCAUUUCCUAUCUCUUCUCUCCUCUCUCACAGACAUUUUGGUAAUCAGAAGGACGACCAACACCAAGUAGCCGAAGCGAGGUAUUUCUCUGCUCUCCUUGCCAUUCCUUCCCUGCAUUUUUAGGAUAGAAUGGAGACUUUUCAACAACGCCCUUUUUCAAUUAAACUUUGGCCCCCUAGCCUGAGUACACGGCUUAUGCUUGUGGAAAGAAUGGCUACGAACCUUUCCACUCCAUCCCUUUUCUCCAGAAAGUAUGGUCUUUUGAGCAAAGAUGAAGCUGAGGAGAAUGCCAGACAAAUAGAAGAAGUGGCUUUUGGUACUGCAAACCAACAACAUGAGAAGGAGCCAGAUGGUGAUGGAAGUUCUGCGGUGCAAAUUUAUGCCAAAGAAUCUAGCAAACUUAUGUUGGAGAUUCUUAAAACAGGCCCUCAAAAAAAGGAUGCAGGACUCACAGAAACUGACGAAGUUCUGCCAUCUCAUGAAACUGUUUUUGACAUCUCUGGAGGCCGUCGAGCCUUUAUUGAUGAACAGGAGACUGAGAAGCUUCUAAGGCCUUUAAAAGAGCAGGGGAACUCAUACAUGAAGAUAUGUUUCAGCAAUAGAAGCUUUGGCAUUGGUGCAGCACGCAUUGCAGAGCCUAUCCUGGUAUCCCUCAAGGAUCGGUUAACAGAAGUAGACCUAUCAGAUUUUAUUGCAGGAAGACCAGAAGUAGAAGCUCUUGAAGUGAUGAAUAUCUUUUCAUCAGCCUUAGCAGGCUGUGUUUUGAAAUCUCUCAACCUCUCGAACAAUGCCUUAGGUGAGAAGGGUGUCAGGGCAUUUGCAGCACUCCUGAAAUCUCAGAGUAGCUUGGAGCACCUAUAUUUGAUGAAUGAUGGAAUCUCUGAGGAAGCUGCACGUGCAGUAUGUGAGCUAAUUCCUUCCACAGAGAGGCUUAGGGUCCUUCACUUUCAUAAUAAUAUGACAGGAGAUGAGGGUGCCAUUGCUAUUUCUGAGGUUGUGAAGCGAUCCCCUGCAUUGGAGGAUUUCAGAUGCUCCUCUACAAGGGUAGGUUCUGGAGGAGGGAUUGCCCUUGCAGAGGCACUUGGAACAUGUACUCAUCUGAAGAAGCUUGAUCUACGGGACAAUAUGUUUGGUGUAGAUGCGGGAGUUUCUUUGAGCAAAGCUCUUUCAGGGCAUGCAGGUCUCACAGAGGUUUACCUGAGCUACCUGAACCUGGAAGAUGAAGGAGCUACAGCUCUUGCUAAUGCUUUUAAAGAAUCUGCUCCGUCACUUGAAGUUUUGGAAAUGGCUGGAAAUGACAUCACUGCUGAUGCUGCUCCUGCUAUAGCUGCCUGUGUUGGAGCAAAGCAGUUCCUUACCAAACUCAACUUAGCUGAGAAUGAACUUAAGGAUGAGGGUGCUAUUAUGAUUGCCAAGGCAUUGGAAGAGGGCCAUAGCCGGCUAGGGGAAGUUGAUUUCAGCACUAACUUAAUAAGAAGGGUUGGUGCCAGGCUUUUAGCACAGACUGUGGUGGAAAAGCCUGAGUUCAAGUUGCUGAACAUCAAUGCCAAUUUCAUUUCUGAUGAAGGUAUUGAUGAGUUAAAGGAGAUCUUUAAAAAAUCCCCUGAAGUGCUUGGGCCCUUGGAUGAGAACGACCCUGAAGGGGAAGAGGAUGCAGAUGAAUCCAAAGAGGAAGGUGAUGAAAAUGAUGAUGAAUUGGAAUCAAAGCUUAAGAAUCUUGAAGUGAACCAAGAGGAGUAGGAGGCUGGAGAUUUCAGGUAUGGUUUCUUGGUUUCUACUUCAUUCUCAAUUCGUGGAAAGCUAAAAACUCUUGUUUUUUGUUUUAUUGGCAGAACUUUCGCUGACCAGCUUGUGUGUCCUACUCACUCAUAACAUUACUAGUUGCAGCAAUUAAGUAGAAGUGUUACUGUUAUUGUAUUUGUAGCUUUGCUUUGAUUACUGGACCAACCAUUAUUUAUCCAGAGCUUGUGUUAGCUGUUAAUGGUUUUAACAGUACCCAGAUAGAUUAUGAUCUUGUUAUUUCUUACUUAAGUUGACAUGUCAUAGUUAUGCUAGGGCUUCAUU